AUGGCGACUCCUGGCCCCGUCACUCCGGAGGCACCCUUUGAAUCAUCGCAGUCCCCAGUCAUUGAGGGCUUUAUCCCCAGUGUAUACAGCACUUCGGAAAGCUUCAAGGAAAAGUUUCUUCGCAAGACCCGCGAGAACCCAAUGGUACCCAUAGGCUGCCUGGGCACAGCGGCCGCCCUUACCUACGGCCUCUACUGCUUCCACCGGGGUCAGAGCCAGCGCUCCCAGCUCAUGAUGCGCACCCGAAUCGCCGCCCAGGGCUUCACGGUCGUAGCCAUCUUGAUGGGUCUGGCUGCAUCCACUAUGAAAUCUCGACCCUGA